CCACCUUGAACUGCCCUGGGUCUAUCUGUGCUUCUCCAUCCUCCUCCUCCUCCUCCCUUUCCCUCACUUUCUCCCCUACCCCUUGGUCCCUUUCCUCUGUGCCACCAUGACCGUGAUGGCUGGAGAGAACAUGGAUGAGACUUCUGCGCUACCUGGCCACCCCCAGGAUAGCUACCAGCCCGCUGCCCAUGACGACCACGAGUGCUGUGAGCGCGUGGUGAUAAACAUUGCGGGACUGCGCUUCGAGACACAGCUGAAGACUUUAGCCCAGUUCCCCAACACGCUGCUGGGCAACCCCAAGAAGCGCAUGCGCUACUUUGACCCCUUGCGCAACGAGUACUUCUUUGACCGCAACCGGCCCAGCUUUGACGCCAUCCUCUACUACUACCAGUCCGGGGGGCGGCUCCGCCGGCCCGUCAAUGUCCCCCUGGACAUGUUCUCUGAGGAGAUAAAAUUUUAUGAGCUGGGCGAGGAGGCCAUGGAGAAGUUCCGAGAAGAUGAGGGAUUCAUUAAAGAUGAGGAGAGACCCUUGCCGGAGGGGGAGUACCAGCGCCAAGUGUGGCUCCUCUUUGAGUACCCAGAGAGCUCUGGGCCGGCAAGGGUUAUUGCCAUAGUCUCUGUCAUGGUCAUCCUCAUCUCCAUAGUGAUCUUCUGCCUAGAGACAUUACCUGAGCUGAAGGAGGACAAGGAGUACACAGUGCACCGCACUGACAACACCACCCAGGUCUACAAGUCCAACAUCUUCACAGAUCCCUUCUUUGUUGUGGAGACCCUGUGCAUCAUCUGGUUCUCCUUUGAGCUGGUGGUGCGCUUCUUUGCUUGCCCUAGCAAGACUGAUUUCUUCAAGAACAUAAUGAACUUCAUUGACAUUGUGGCCAUCAUCCCUUACUUCAUCACCCUGGGCACUGAGAUGGCCGAGCGGGAGGGGACUCAGAAAGGAGAGCAGGCCACCUCCUUGGCCAUCCUGAGAGUCAUCAGACUGGUAAGAGUCUUUCGAAUCUUCAAACUCUCCCGGCACUCUAAGGGCCUCCAGAUUUUGGGACAGACCCUCAAAGCAAGUAUGAGAGAGCUAGGUUUACUAAUUUUCUUCCUCUUCAUUGGGGUGAUUUUGUUCUCUAGUGCGGUAUAUUUUGCUGAGGCUGAAGAACCUGAGUCUCAUUUCACAAGUAUCCCUGAUGCUUUCUGGUGGGCGGUGGUAUCCAUGACCACUGUGGGCUAUGGUGACAUGUACCCUGUGACAAUUGGAGGCAAAAUCGUAGGCUCCUUGUGUGCCAUCGCUGGUGUGCUGACAAUUGCCCUGCCUGUACCUGUCAUCGUGUCCAACUUCAACUACUUCUACCACCGAGAAACAGAAGGGGAAGAACAGGCUCAGUUACUUCACGUUAGCUCCCCUAAUUUAGCAUCUGACAGUGAUCUCAGUCGCCGCAGCUCCUCCACAAUCAGCAAAUCUGAGUACAUGGAAAUCGAAGAGGAUAUGAAUAAUAGCAUAGACAAUUUUAGAGAGGCUAAUCUCAGAACUGGCAACUGCACUGUAGCCAACCAAAACUGCGUUAAUAAAAGCAAGCUGCUGACUGAUGUUUAAACAAACAAACAAAAAAAACCCAAAACAAAAUCCCCACUCACAGCUUGAAGACUUUAGUGACACAGUCACAUUUUGUAGAUGCUUUACUGAUAGUCUUUGAAUGCUUUAUUUACCUCGUAAAUGCAUUGUUGCAUUGCAAAUCUUUGCUCUGCAAUAAAGAAGCUUCCAGGAUCCAUGAAAGAUAAAAUUUUGUUUAUUUUCAAAAAAAAAAACAUUUUCCACCUGGCAAAUUAUAACCAUUUGAACUAGUUUAGUUUUAAGCUGUUAUGAUGUAGACCUAAACUUUUCCUCUCCUAUCUCCUCUUUUUUUUUCUUUCACUUUUUUUUUUUUGAUAAAGCUAUCUUAAACUAAGCAAGACAGUUUUUAGAGCUAUUAAGCAUAUGCAUGGAUUCCAGUAAAAAUAUUCUGCAAAACUACACAGUUGCAAGACAGUGCAUCAGCUAAUAAUAGUACAAAAAGAUCAGCCAAAACUUGUGGCAAGCAUUUGCCAUGGUGUUUAUGAAGGAGUGCAAAUUUUCCUUCCGCCCCCUCUGUGAAAGAUUCCAUCCUUCCAACCUACAGAUCCACACAGCACCUUAUUAAAAAACCUCUUUUGCUCUCUGUAGAAGAAAUAUCCUAAAAGGAGAAUAACAAACAAAACUGAAGACAAAACAUCUGCAAUGCUGCUAAGUCCUCUCACAUGCAGGUGAUAGGAACACACUUUGCCCCCGCUCCCCGUUUGGAACUGGAUACAAAACUUUAAGCCCCUCUGUUGCAAGAUAGCACAAUGGAGUUUAAUAUAAGCAUGUUUGAAUUUGAUACUAUUUAUUUUAUGAUCGCAUGCUUGAAACGUUACCUCAGUCAAUAGCGGAUAAGCUUUCGUUUGAGCUGAAUCUUCUAAAAAUAGGUCCUUUCUCUUCUCUUUUUUCAUUUCUUUUCUUUUUCUUUUUGAUUUGCAUUCACCAGAAGUGCACUCCUUAAUUUAUUAAAUCGUUGACUAGUAAUUUAAAGUACUGUAUUUAAGUGCGUAUGUUAGUCAAAGGGGAACAAUAACUUUUGGAGAUCAAAGCAUGUUCAAAUAUUCAGCAUUAUGGCCUAUUUGAUUAAAGUGUAACUUGAAUUAAUUAGUGCAUGAAUUCAAUGAUAAUAAUAAUAAUGAUGAUGAUGAUGAUAAUAAUAACAACAAUAAUGAUAACAAUAAAAACAAAAAAAAAAGUGCUUGAUAGACUGAGGGCCUGAAUUAACUGAUUAGAGAAACCUGAUUGUUUCCUGCAUUGCUCAGGGAAGUGUGUUGGCUUUUGUCCAGGUGUUGUCAGAAGGGAACAUAUCCCAUCUCUUAAAGGAAAAGCUAUAUGGAAAACUAACAAGUCAAGUUAUAUAUAGCAACAGCUAAAAACCUAGUAUCCUCUAUAGAUGAAAGGUGCAGAUGCAUGCUUUUUGGUGCAUUCUCAGAAUGUAAAUGAAACUUAUCUAUUACAUGCAUCCGAAUUGCAGCAGCUGGUUUCUUUUGCAGUCAUCAGUUGAGACUUUUUUGUAUCCCCCCAAAACUCACUGAAGAGACCCAGCAGAUUGAUUGAGAGAGUUGCGCAGUGCCUUUAUCUUACACCCCCCAAAACUGCUGAAAGUGCCUCCAGGAACUGAGUGGAUCAGAGACACCGAGGGAAAGGACGAGGAGUCAGUCCUGUAUGUCAGGAUCCUGUGUCCUGUGCUGUCUACUAGUGCAGCAUGGAAAGGUUUAAGGAUAGAAAGAUCAAGUGUGAGUGAGAGGGAUGCAGAAGAGGCAGGCAGAGAUCACCGGUGCCCGUGGAAUACUUUCCUUCCCUAGCUAGGCUCAUGUUGCAGGGCUCUGCAUUAGCUUCUGCCAAAUAACUCCUAGUUGUGUGCAUGCAAAGCUUCAGAUUUCCCUGGUUUGUUCAUAAAGGCAUCACUGACAUCACUGUAUCAGCCCUUCUUUUCCCUGAGGUGGCUUUUUGGCAGCUUGUCCCUGUAGGGCAGGGUGCAGGAGGAAUGGGAGCCUGGGCAUCGCCCAGUCAGGCAACCAGACUGGAGGACUGUGCUCUUCUUUCCCUUGGGUUCCCCAGCAGGUAGAUGAGAAAGGCUUUGCCAGACCCUCCCAUCCCUGUCUGCUCCAUCCUCUUUCAGAUCUUAGAUCCCAUCAAAGCCUUUGAGCCAUAGUCUUCUUCCUGGUCUCUGAUCUUACUGUACUUCCAUCAUUUCCUGGUGAGGGAAGCAAUGCUAGGAGAAGAUAUGUUCUGCAACAUGCCAGCCUUGACUGCUAGGCCCUGGAAGAUCUGAACAAACAUAUAGGCACUAAUCUUAAUUUUUCAAAUGACAAAGUUGAGGAUCUUCAUUCUGCACUUAGCAUGUGGCCAACUGCUGUUGAACACAUCUCCUUCCAUGGUGUACAGAUCCUUUCCUCCCCUAUCUUUCUGAUAUAUGUAUAUAUGUGUAUAAAUAUAUAUAUAUAUAUGUAUGUCUGCUCCUGUGUGUGUCACAUACAUAUGCAGGCACAUGUAUAUAUAAAAUAAAAUCAAAGCACUUAAAAACCAACCCUAACUCUGCAGUUACGCACAAGCUUGACCUGCCAGGUUUUCAGAAAGACUUGACUUUAUUUCUCACUGUGUGACUUCUGUGAAUCUUAGUGAUGAGAAAGAUCAAGAACUGAAGGAGCUCCAAUUCCUGCAAGAAGUGCAAAGUAUCAUAUAAAGCAGGGCAUUACAUCGUCUAGGUAGAUGUUGUAAAGCUUCUUUCCUGUCCCCUGCUCACGCCCUUGCCCUUUGUACACCUCUCUCCCUGUUAAAGUCCAGCGGUCCUGAUCUUCCCAAACUCUUGAAUCAUAGGAUAUGACUUCUGAUAUCAAAAUGGACUUGAAUGCUGCACUCAGCUUAUAAAACCACCAUCUGACUAAACUAAACAGCAAUAAUCAAUUCAGUGCUGUGGGACCGAUGAUCAGAAGGAUGCAUUUGGGAGAUGAGGCCUCACUUGGGUACCUUCUGCCACAGCUGGGUGUGCACACCUUAAUUUAAUGUGCAGAGUGAUGAUCAUUCUGCUUAUGCACAGAGAAAAGUGCUGCAUGCAGCAAUUCUUUGUCAAGAGACUGGGACGGAUCAUAAGAACUCAUGGUUUGGGGAGCCUGAAUGUUGCUUUGUCCACUUACAGCUCACUGCAAAGGAUCUCAACCCAUAUGGAGUACAGGAAUUAAUAUCAUGUAGCAUAGGCAUGCAUUUUUGACAAGUUUGACACAAAAAAAUAACAAAAACAAGGUUCUUACUCCCUUUACACGGGAGUGCUGAAAUGUCUUUGUGGGCCUGAAGGUGCACUUAACAAACUGCCUGUUCUUAUCAGCAAGUAUCCCUUUUUUAUUUAUUUAUUUCUUUUUUUCUUUUCUUUUUAUAUAUAUUUUUUUUUCCUUUUGGCCCUUAUGUUUUUUUUUUGCUACACGUGGACUCUAAGGGGUUUUUUAUGUAACUGGAAGAGGACUGGAAAUGAGCUGAUAGCCAGUGUAGUGCUUCUCUGAAAGAAUUCCAUUGGUAGGUACCUCCUGGAAGUGAUGCCCACAUUAUGCUGGACAGGGAACCCAGUGGAUAUGGCAGUCUUUAGUUUGCUGAGGGGAAGAAAGCUUUUCCAGCAGGAAUCAUUCCCCAUGCCCUCACCACCACCCACUGCUCUGUGCCUCUCUGUGCUUCUUAACUGGUCCUGUGCAGCUUUUCCUUCAUCCACUCAGGGAAAGGGGUGAGGGAAUUUACCUGGCAAGGGCAAGGCAGCAGUGCACUGCAGUGCAGAGGCAGGAAUGGAGCUGAGAGUCAGUGGGCAGGAAUCCCAUAGACUGGUAUCCCUGCCAAAAUUCCCCAUCUGGUUCUACCAUACUUAGCUCUAGAGCGCUAGGGAGAGGCAGAGGGGCAAGGGUGAGAGUGAAAAUGAAGGACUCUGUACCCUGUUCCUUCACAGAACCCAGGGCUUUCUGCAAGACCGCUGAGAGCUCAAACCCUCUCUGUGGCAGCUCCAGCACAGGCCAUGAACUGGAUUUAGUCACCUUCAUGAGGAAGCUGGGGUGCAGUUAGCCAGGCUGUGAGUUCACAGCAUACUAGCAAACCCAUACAGAUUCCCUGCAUGGGGUGUCCUAAGCCUUAUCUCCACCGGGGACUUCAGGAAACCUAAUCCGAAUUAAUGAAAGGUGUGCAUUUAAAGUAGAUUUGUUAAACUGCUUUAAAGCCCAGCAUGGACAUUCUGUUGCAGUAUUAAAGCAACCUUAAUCUGAUUUAGAGUCAUUCUUUUUGAAAAGGAAGUAAUCUGAAUUGAAUUAAGGCUGCUUUAAUUCUGAACACAAUGGGGCUUAAUGCAGUUUACCUCAUCUGCCUCACAAGCCCAUUCAGACAGAUAAGCCUGUAGUAAUCAUUAGAUGUACUGGAAGUGACCCCAUUGUGCAGGGGGUGCCCAUGUGCACCAAAACUCUUGGUACACGAGUGCUGCAGAUUCACAGCCUGGCUUACUGAGGGGGAAACUAACACUUGAUCCUGGUGCCAGUUCUGGUGAGUCCCUCCUUUUGUUCCUGGUUUAUACCACUGCUGCCUUUCAGGAAGCCGAAAACAAUUGUGGCCCAAGGAAAUUAAUUUCCACUUUACAGAACGGCACAGGUGCUAGCCUGAUGUACUGUUAGUCACAUGGACAAGCACUUGUGAGACAGAAUGAAGCACUGAAGACAGGACAAAAUUCAGCCAAAGUCCUCUUGUUUGCAGCAGUGGUUUUUGCCCACGCAGAGAUUUCAGAGAUCAGACGCUUCUUAACAAAUCAGCUGUGUGUCAUUCAUUAUAGGCUGCAGGUGCCCGAACUGACAACAGUAGCAGUGGCAACUUGUAUUGACAGGGUUUUUUCAAUACCAAGGGACAAUUGUUUUCAUUAGGCAGAAGUACAGGAAGUUAGUUUCUACUGUGAGAGAGCUGCAGCCCAAGUGGAACCUCAAAACCUUCUGAUUUUAAGGAGCUGAGGGCGAGUUUCACUUUUCCACAGUCCACACUUGAACAGUGCAGUUUCUUAUAUGUACAUUUAUUAAACAAAACACAACCAACACUAGGUCAGGAACAUCAGAAAUGUAUUAGAAAAAGGUGGAAAGUUGUAUUUUAGAACAAAAUCUUCUGCAUACAUAUGCAAUACAUGGAGAGAAUGUAUUCCUUUUCAAAUGCUACCUUGAUAACUAUUGCUUGAGGGGUGCCAUUCUGGAUUAAUCGUUUCCCCUAACCUGAAGAAGAGGGAGGUACUGCAGCUUUUCCAGGAAUGGUCUGAUCCUGUAGGCUUCCAGCAGCCUGAUGCCAGUGAUCCUCAGAGUAAUUUCAGACUCACAGGGACGCAGAGUCAGCUCCAAGGUGUGAUUUAGCCUCGGCAGCCGCAGAGCUGGACGGAACUCGAAAGCUGUCCUUGCAAUUGCACAGCAGGGCAAGUUUGUCCCAAACUUGCCUCCUGCAAGUCUGGAACAGGCUCCUUUUCUGAGAUUCUUUAAUCAGGGACCUACACUUCAGUUUUGGUUGGACUUAAUUCAGGCUGAGUUUCUUUUUCUGUUUUCUGUUCUGGCUUUACUUAAUCAGGUGUAGGGAAUUUCUUUUUCCUGAAAUGCUUAUCAAGUAUUCUUAAAGGAGUCAGUAUUUGUAUCUGCAAAAAAAAAAAAAAAAGAAACUUCAGGGUGUUCUACAGUUUCACUCAGUGCAGGUGAACUUGCCACCAGUGAGGUCAACAAUUUAUGCUGUCAAGGUAUAGCAUGCUUUGAUAUUUUCAAAGGAAAUAAAAUGAAACUGAGGUCUUAACUGAAAUUUGUCUCAAGGUUUCUGUUAAUAUCUGUGUAAUUCUGUAUAUUUCACCUGUUCACAGGCUCUAGCAAAUGUCACUACAAGUUAUAUAUUAAAAAAAUCAUCAUCCAUUUCUAGUUUCUAUAAUAAAAUGAAGACGUUGCAUUCAGUUCCUUUAGGUGCAUCAGUCUUUGAUCCAUGUUAUUGUUUCAAUGACAUUUCUAUAAUGUAAUUGGGAUCAAAUGUAUAUUUUACUUUUGUACAAAAGUAAAAAUGAUAUUUUUAUUAUUAAAUUCAGCAAACCCUUACCUAUAGCCUGCUAUGAUGAAAUAUUUUUUUUCCUUUCCUUUACAUGUAAAACACUGUGUUUUUUGCAGUAUGUCGGUUUGAAAUGAAUAACUAACAGCGGUCAAUAGAACUGUAAAUGGCCUCUCAGACAUACCUCUGACUUUAAAGAUCAAAUAUUGCCGAUGUGAAAGAUAUAAACUGAAUAGUCUCCCUAUGAAAGUGCACCAUCAGGGCAACAAACCAUUUAAGCUGACACAGCUGUACUUAUUUCCACCAUUCACCAAUCGCUUAUACUUUGGGUGAAGUAUGUACUUCAUUGUCACAUUACAGCUCAUUUUACUUCCAAAUAGUGAAAUUGUUUGACUUACCAUUUUUAGAACAUCUGAUGUUAUGAGUUCUUAACUAUUUGAAAUGCAUAGUUUUCAUCUAUGCAAUUUUACUUGCUUCUGUACUCGUUCAUCUGUUCAUACUUGGCAUCAAUUAAAGAUAAUUUUUAAGGAUCUUA